AUGUUGAGGUAUGUUAAGAAAAUACGAGAUGAACCUACUUCAAACAAGUCAUCUCCCCCUCCACCACCUCCUCCUCCUCCGCCUCCUCUACCAGCUCCUCUUGAUGCUGACUCAAAUGAGUAUCCUAGUGAUCCUGGGCUAAGAAAGCACAUUCUUGAGUAUAAUGUUAAUGAAAGGGAGAUUGUUCGACGUUACUAUUUGCAAAAAGGUCCUUUUCAACCUAAAAAUCAUGAAUUUCCUUGGCGUUCUUGUCCCAAAGAGAAACGAAGAUUUCGAGCUAUAUGGUUUAGUCUUCAUCCUAAUUGGCUAGAAUACAGCAUUGCAAAAGAUGCGGCUUUUUGUCUUUAUUUCUAUUUAUUCAAAGCGGAUCAUGGCGGUCAAAGUGGUGGUGAUUCUUUUGUUACUGAGGGAUUUAAAAAUUGGAGAAAGAAAGAAAAAUUUAAUGAACAUGUUGGAAAUCAGAGCAGCAUUCACAAUAGGUGCAUGAUGGCGGCUUAUGAUUUAAUGAAUCAAAAACAACAUAUUGAAACUUGUUUGGUCAAUCAGUCUAGUCAAGUAGCUAUCGAUUAUCGUGUUCGUUUGACAACAUCAAUUGAUUGCAUAAGAUUUCUUGUGCGUCAAGGAUUAGCAUUUCGUGGUCAUGAUGAAUCAACAAACUCACUCAAUCAUGGUAAUUUUCUUGAAUUGUUAAGAUUUCUUGCUGACCAUAAUGAGGAUAUCAAUAGAGUUGCACUAGACAAUGCUCUCUCAAAUCUCAAAUUGACAUCGCCUGAUAUUCAGAAAGAUAUUAUCAGAUCCAUUGCUUAUUUAACCACUAAUUCUAUUCUUGGAGAUCUCGGUGAUAAAUUAUUUACUAUAUUAGUUGAUGAGGCUCGUGAUAUAUCUGUUAAAGAACAAAUGGCAGUUGCUUUACGGUUUGUAGAUGAAAGGGGAAAUAUUGUUGAAUGCUUUCUAGGCAUUGUACAUGUAAGCAACACUACUGCCUUAUCACUUAAAACCGCUAUUGAUUCUUUGUUGUGCCAACAUGGAUUAUCUAUAUCUAAUUAA